AUGGUCGGAGAAAGGAAGAAGGUGAAGGUGAUGACGAUGACGAUGAGAUGGCCAAUCUUUCAUCCUCAUCCUUCUUUCUUUUUCGGCUAUUCGUUUCUUUUUGUUUUACUUUUUUUGUUGUCGUUCUAUCUCUAUCGUGGCGCGAGAUGGGACGAUGACGAUGACGAUGGACAGGGAGAGAGAGGGAGUGAGAGACAAGGAGACGAUGAAGCCGAACCCGAAGCAGGAAAAAAAAAAAAAGAAAAAGAAACAGAAGAAGGAGAAGAAGAAGAAGAAGCAGAGGUAACUAUUAAGAGAGAAGAGGGAGAGGGAGAAGCUGGAUAA